CGUGCCGUCUCUUCUUCACCGCCGGCCCCGCCCGCCCCGCGCACCGCCGCGGAGGAAGCCGGCCGGGAGCGGGCGUCGCGGCCCCGCUGCGAGCCAGGAGGGAGGCAAUCCGCGCUCCGGGGUCGAGGGACGCCACGGCCACAGGGUCACCACUGUAGGACUUCAGGCUGGAAAAGUAGCCAUGUGGGACAAGAACAAGGUUUGAUGUUUGAUUCCGGCAACCAUGCUAGGAGAUAGACAGUUCAGGCAUGUUUACUCCCAUUGCUGGAAGAGGUAACCAAGGUCCAGAUCAGAUAAGUGACCUGCCUAAGACCACACUCGUGGACUAGCAGCAGCUCAGUGUCCUGGCCCCCAAGCAAGGCUCUGUCCAAGGAACAUACACUGGAAAGCUGGACCAAAGCAACGUUUUUCGGUUAAUCUAAGAAGGGUCUCCAUUUUGGGGUGUUCUAAUACCUAAGCCCUAUUAUCAUAUUCAUCAUGGGCUUCUGCCUGGCUCUGGCAUGGACACUCCUGGUUGGGUCAUGGACAUCCAUGGGAGCUCAGAACCCCAUUUCCUGGGAGGUGCAGCGAUUUGAUGGGUGGUACAACAACCUCAUGGAGCACAGAUGGGGCAGCAAAGGCUCUCGGCUGCAGCGCCUGGUCCCAGCCAGCUAUGCAGAUGGUGUGUACCAGCCCUUGAGAGAACCCCACCUGCCCAACCCCAGAAACCUUAGCAACACUGCCAUGAGGGGCCCUGCAGGGCAGGCCUCCCUGCGAAACCGAACGGUGCUGGGAAUCUUCUUUGGCUACCACGUGCUCUCGGACCUGGUGAGCGUGGAGACCCCCGGCUGCCCAGCCGAGUUCCUCAACAUCCACAUCCCGCCCGGGGACCCGGUGUUCGACCCCGACCGGCGCGGGGACGUGGUCCUCCCGUUCCAGAGGAGCCGCUGGGACCCCGAGACCGGACAGAGCCCCAGUAAUCCCCGGGACCUGACCAACGAGGCGACGGGCUGGCUGGACGGCAGCGCCAUCUAUGGCUCCUCGCACUCGUGGAGCGACGCGCUGCGGAGCUUCUCCGGGGGGCAGCUGGCGUCGGGGCCCGACCCCGCCUUCCCCCGGAACGCGCAAAGCCCCCUGCUCAUGUGGACGGCGCCCGACCCCGCCACCGGACAGCGCGGGCCCGGGGGGCUGUACGCCUUCGGGGCGGAGCGAGGGAACCGCGACCCGUUCCUGCAGGCGCUGGGCCUGCUGUGGUUCCGCUACCACAACCUGUGCGCGCAGCGGCUGGCCCGCGAGCACCCGCAGUGGGGGGACGAGGAGCUGUUCCAGCACGCGCGCAAGAGGGUCAUCGCCACCUACCAGAACAUCGUUUUGUAUGAGUGGCUGCCCAGCUUCCUGCAGAAAACACCCCCGAAGUAUGCAGGAUACAGCCCUUUCCUGGACCCCAGCAUCUCCCCAGAGUUCCUGGUGGCCUCUGAGCAGUUCUUCUCCACCAUGGUGCCUCCUGGGGUCUACAUGAGAAAUGCCAGUUGUCACUUCCAGGAGGUCAUCAAUAGGAACUCAAGUACCUCCAGGGCUCUCCGGGUCUGCAAUAGCUACUGGAGCCGAAAGCAUCCAAACCUACGGAGAGCUGAAGAUGUGGAUGCGCUACUGCUGGGCAUGGCCUCCCAGAUCGCUGAGCGAGAGGACCAUGUCGUGGUUGAGGAUGUGCUAGAUUUCUGGCCUGGGCCCCUGAAGUUCUCUCGUACAGACCACCUGGCUGGCUGCCUGCAAAGGGGCCGGGAUCUGGGCUUGCCCUCUUAUACCAAGGCCAGGGCAGCACUGGGUCUUCCUCCUAUUACCAGAUGGCAGGACAUCAACCCUGCACUCUCCCAGAGCAACCAUACCGUACUGGAGGCCACAGCUGCCCUGUACAACCAGGACCUGUCCCGGCUGGAGCUGCUCCCCGGGGGGCUCCUGGAGAGCCAUGGGGACCCCGGGCCCCUCUUCAGCACCAUCGUCCUUGAACAGUUUGUGAGGCUGCGGGAUGGCGACCGCUACUGGUUUGAGAACACCAGGAAUGGGCUGUUCUCUGAGGAAGAAAUUGCAGAGAUCAGAAACACUUCCCUACGGGAUGUUCUAGUGGCUGUCACCAACACAAACCCCAGUGCCCUGCAGCCCAGUGUCUUCUUCUGGCAUAUGGGAGACCCCUGCCCGCAGCCAAGACAACUCAGCACUGAGGGCCUGCCAGCCUGUGGUCCCUCCAUCAUGCGGGACUAUUUUGAAGGCAGUGGAUUUGGCUUUGGGGUCACGAUCGGGACUCUCUGCUGCUUCCCCCUGGUGAGCCUGCUUAGUGCCUGGAUUGUUGCCCGGCUCCGAAGGAGAAAUUUCAAGAGGCUCCAGGGCCAGGACCGCCAGAGCAUCAUGUCUGAGAAACUCGUGGGGGGCAUGGAAGCAUUGGAAUGGCAGGGCCACAGGGAGCCCUCCCGGCCUGUGCUGGUGCACCUGCAGCCUGGGCAGAUCUGCGUGGUGGACGGCAGGCUCUCUGUGCUCCGCACCAUCCAGCUGCAGCCCCCGCAGCAGGUCAACCUCAUCCUGUCCGGCAACCGCGGACGCCGCGCCCUCCUGCUCAAGAUCCCCAAGGAGUAUGACCUGGUGCUGCUAUUUAACCUGGAGGCGGAGCGGCAGGUGCUGGUGGAAAACCUUCGGGGGACCCUGAAGGAGAGCGGGCUGAGGUUCCAGGAGUGGGAGCUGCGGGAGCAGGAGCUGAUGAGGGCGGCCGUGACGCUAGAGCAGAGGAGCCACCUCCUGGAGACCUUUUUCAGGCACCUUUUCUCCCAGGUGCUGGACAUCGACCAGGCGGAUGCAGGGACCCUGCCCCUGGACUCAUCACAGAAGGUACAGGAGGCCCUGACUUGCGAGCUGAGCAGAGCUGAGUUUGCCGAGUCCCUGGGCCUCAAGCCCCAGGACAUGUUUGUGGAGUCCAUGUUCUCCCUGGCUGACAAAGAUGGCAAUGGCUACCUGUCCUUCCGGGAGUUCCUGGACAUCCUGGUGGUCUUCAUGAAAGGCUCUCCUGAGGAGAAGUCUCGCCUUAUGUUCCGCAUGUAUGACUUUGAUGGGAAUGGUCUCAUUUCCAAGGAUGAGUUCAUCAGGAUGCUGAGGUCCUUCAUCGAGAUCUCCAACAACUGCCUGUCCAAGGCCCAACUGAAGGAGGUGGUGGAGUCCAUGUUCCGGGAGUCCGGCUUCCAGGAUAAGGAGGAGCUGACGUGGGAGGACUUCCACUUCAUGCUGCGGGACCAUGACAGCGAGCUCCGAUUCACCCAGCUCUGCGUCAGAGGGGUGGAGGUGCCGGAAGUCAUCAAGGACCUCUGCCGGAGAGCCUCCUACAUCAGCCAGGAAAAGAUCUGUCCCUCCCCCAGAGUGAGUGCUCGCUGUCCCCACAGCAACGCUGAUGUGGAAUGUGCAGCACAGAGACUGCCGUGCCCCAUGGACACAGACCCUCCCCAGGAGAUUCGACGGAGGUUUGGCAAGAAGGUAACAUCAUUCCAGCCCCUACUGUUCACGGAAGCUCACCGGGAGAAGUUUCAACGGGGCCGGCGCCACCAGACCUUGCAGCAGUUCAAGCGCUUCAUCGAGAACUACCGCCGCCACAUAGGCUGCGUGGCCAUGUUCUAUGCCAUCACCGGGGGCCUUUUCCUGGAGCGGGCCUACUACUACGCCUUCGGGGCUCACCAUAUGGGCAUCACGGACACCACCCGUGUGGGCAUCAUCCUGUCCCGGGGCACGGCCGCCAGCAUCUCUUUCAUGUUCUCCUACAUCCUGCUCACCAUGUGCCGCAACCUCAUCACCUUCCUGCGAGAGACCUUCCUCAACCGCUACGUGCCCUUUGACGCCGCCGUGGAUUUCCAUCGGCUCAUUGCCUCCACGGCCAUCGUCCUCACAGUCUUGCACAGUGUGGGCCAUGUGGUGAAUGUGUACCUGUUCUCCAUCAGCCCACUCAGCGUCCUCUCCUGCCUCUUCCCUGGACUCUUCCAUGACGACGGGUCUGAGUUUCCCCAGAAGUAUUACUGGUGGUUCUUCCAGACUGUGCCAGGCCUCACGGGGAUCCUGCUGCUCCUGGUCCUGGCCAUCAUGUAUGUCUUUGCCUCCCACCACUUCCGGCGCCACAGCUUCCGGGGCUUCUGGCUGACCCACCACCUCUACAUCCUGCUCUAUGUGCUGCUCAUCAUCCACGGCAGCUUCGGCCUGAUCCAGCUGCCCCACUUCCACAUCUACUUCCUGGUCCCGGCACUAAUCUAUGGGGGAGACAAGCUGGUGAGCCUGAGCCGGAAGAAGGUGGAGAUCAGCGUGGUGAAGGCGGAGCUGCUGCCUUCAGGAGUCACCCACCUGCAGUUCCAGCGGCCCCAAGGCUUUGAGUACAAGUCGGGACAGUGGGUGCAGAUCGCCUGCUUGGCUCUGGGGACCACUGAGUACCACCCGUUCACACUGACUUCUGCACCCCAUGAGGACACUCUCAGCCUGCACAUCCGGGCGGCAGGGCCCUGGACCACUCGGCUCAGGGAGAUCUACUCACCUCCAACGGGAGAUGGCUGUGCCAGAUACCCGAAGCUAUACCUUGAUGGACCAUUUGGAGAGGGCCACCAGGAAUGGCAUAAGUUUGAGGUGUCAGUGCUGGUGGGAGGGGGCAUUGGGGUCACCCCCUUUGCCUCCAUCCUCAAAGACCUGGUCUUCAAGUCAUCAGUCAGCUGCCAAGUGUUCUGUAAGAAGAUCUACUUCAUCUGGGUGACGCGAACCCAGCGGCAGUUUGAGUGGCUGGCUGACAUCAUCCGGGAGGUGGAGGAGAAUGACCGCCAGGACCUGGUGUCCGUGCACAUCUACAUCACCCAGCUGGCCGAGAAGUUCGACCUCAGGACCACCAUGCUGUACAUCUGUGAGCGGCACUUCCAGAAGGUGCUGAACCGGAGUCUGUUCACGGGCCUGCGCUCCAUCACCCACUUUGGCCGCCCCCCCUUCGAGCCCUUCUUCAAGUCCCUGCAGGAGGUCCACCCGCAGGUCCGGAAGAUUGGGGUGUUUAGCUGUGGCCCCCCUGGCAUGACCAAGAAUGUGGAAAAGGCCUGUCAGCUCAUCAAUAAGCAGGAUCAGACUCACUUCUCCCACCAUUAUGAGAACUUCUAGGCCUCCUGCCCAGGGGCUCUUCCCACUGCCCAGCUGAGCAGAGGUUUGGGCCCCCACCACGCUCUGUACUUCCUAUUUCUGACUCCUUCUGCCUCCUCCUCAUUCCUACCUCCCAUCCUUGGUCCAGGUAGUCAUAGUCAGUCACCCCAUAUGGGUUCAGAGACCCCCAAGUCCAGAAUGUCUCAGCCUGGAGAAGUGGGAGGCAUUGUCUGGGCAACAGAGGUUGGGAGGUAGGAGAGCUAUUAUUACUUUGGGGCAAAGUGACACCUCUUCUUCCAAACUAAGAAAAAGCCUCAAAAGACUGGAGCUGACAAGCAGUGUGUAUGUGUAUUAGGGGGCUGUGAGCCUAAGGAUAAAGUAGGAGCACAGAUGCUGGCAUCUUGGAACUUGCCCCCCACAACCUCCCCCUCCUCUAGGCUCCCCACUGUCAAAAGGGCUGGCAAAUGCCUUGGGGUGGGGUAGAGGCUGGGCCCGCAGAGAGAAGUCUGCAGGAACCCCCUCAGCAUCCUAGUCUAACAACACAACUGAUCUUUUCUCCCCAGUUUUUAAACAUGUACUGUAGUCAGAAUCUGGCCCAGUAUCUGUGUGGUGCUCCCCAGGCCUUGUCUCUUCUUCCUACUGCAGCAGUCUCCUUUACAAAUAAACCACUUUUCUGCACUCUGGGUUUCUUUAUUCUGCCCUGGGAUGGGGAUAGGCACUGGCAGAGAAAGCUACUCAACCAGCCAGCUCACCGAGGCUGGUGCAGACAGUCCUCUGAACUUCCCAGCAUCUACUGAAUAAAGGAACCAGCUCAGGCCCGAGUGCUUUAGCUGGAGACCCCUUUCCCAGCUCAGGGGCACGCUUCCUGACCGAGGGCCUCUCAGGGUGGCUAGUGUGGGGCUUCUGAAGCCUGAUCGGGAAGGGUGGGGGGAGAGGUGGGCAUUCAUGGAGAAGGUGGGCCAGGCACAAAGUGCAGGUGUGUGUGACAGGACAGAGCAGGAGCCCACAGG